AUGCCUCAGGUUCAAUGUGGGGUCAAUCUUCAAAGCAGGGUUUCAAAGAAUGAGGAUGCACACCGCGGCGACGAACGGUUUCAGAAAAUAAAUCAUCCCAUAAGGCCGGGGAAUCCGCCUCAAAUGCCUGUCUACACUCGCCCUCCCUCGAAUCUGUGGGGCAGUAUUUUUGGCGAAAUCAUUUUUCUGAAUGCCAGCAUUGGUAAACAAGCAAACGCAAACCGAGUUGAAGGCGAACACCCCUCAAUAGAGUUGCAAGAGUACCACAGAAAGCGUUUAUCAACCCCAUACUUGCAAGCACAAGUGAGCCAAAUGUUCAACAGGUUUCAUCGUUUUUCGUUUGGUCUCUGCUACACACAAGACAUCGAAGGAAAUUUCAGUACCUCCCAAAAGACUGCGGUUUCAAAUUCACUCAGGUCUCAUCUCGAUGAGAAUUGA